UCUGGGUUCACUCCAAAAAGCUUCAAAUUCGGAAUCCCAGCUGCAACUGCUCCCGCAUCUUGAACCAGACUUACACAGUACAUAUACAGUACAUACUCUUUUGCGCAGUCCCGUUCUUUCUUUCCCUCAAGCCUGUGUUCCACGGCGCUACUCCUUCGGACACUCUUCCACGAUCCCGGGGUUUUUUCGAGAACGGUCGGGGGAUCGAAAGUUACGGAUAUGGCCUCCGAGGCACCUGCACUUACACAAACAGGGAAGCGGUUGGUAGCUUUCGCUGCAUAUACUCCAGCACAUAGUGACGAGUUGCCACUCGCAGUUGGGGACCGAGUGGUUACGUUGCAGAGCUACGAUGACGGGUGGACACUGGUGCAAAACGAGCAAAGCAGGGUAGGGCUGGUUCCCAACAACUUCUUGAAGGAUAUGGAGGCAGUGCCGAAACCAGCUUCUGCCUCGCCGGCUGGUCCGACAGGCAUGAAGACAGUCCCCAGCCGGGUGACAUCGUUAGUUGUGAGCGGGAAUCUCUUCUCACUCGCCAACGCGAAGCUGGAUGGGAAAGGGAAAGCCGCGGGAGAGGACCAUUCAGCAGCCGGCAAUCUAAACAGCAGCUUGCCAGGGACUUCGGAGCUGGUAUCAAGUCCAGGGAAGGCGUCGGUGCAAUCGAAACCUCAGAGCAGACGGCCGUCAGCGGGGAAGGCGCCUGCGUGGCCGAGUUUGGAGCAGGUGAAAAAGCGGCUGGCUGAGGUGGCCGCAGCACGUAAAAGCAGGUCGAGGGUGCCAGAGACCAUUGGAAGGCUUCGCAUCCUGGUCGCGGGAGACUCGGGGAUCGGCAAAACAUCGCUGAUUCACCGGUUUCUGAGCGUUCCCGAGAUACACUUGACGAGUCCCAUCAUCGAGCUGUCCAUGUCGCCGGAACCCACUCCUUUGGAAACGCAAGAGUAUCACGCGACUACUGAGGCGGACGCCCACCACCUCCCGACAAGGCGGAGGAGAAGUUCGUCAUCAUCGGAUAGCGACUUGAAGCCCGCGGCGAGCCCGAGUGGGAAUUACGGCGAUCUGGACGAGCUCCUUGACACUCUUACUCCGGACGUCGACGCCGCGCCGAGACUCCCGAAAAAUGGCCCGUCCAAACCCGCUGCCGCAGGGGCAGCUUCCUCCCCCGUCUCCCGCAAACACACCCUCACCAACAUCCCACCAGCCGAUACAAAAGCAGCAAACCAGUUCAACAUCACAUUCAUAGAUUCGCCGGGGUAUUCACACGCCCUGGACGCACUAUCCGUCAUCCGGCCCAUUGUUCUGCAUCAGCUCCACCGCUUCCUGAUGACCGACGCCCUUUUCGCGCGAGAAGCACCACCACAGCCCAUUGUGCGCUUCUUGUCCGCAAACACGGGCGCCCACACUCACAUUGACGCAGCUGUCUAUUGCAUUUUCCAUCGUUUGACAAAGGUUGAUGUCGAGUAUAUCAAACGGUUAGAUAGAGUAACGGCCGUGAUUCCCGUGUUCCUCGUGCGAUCCAGGGACGACCUUUCACCAGCGGCCGUGGCCAAGCUCAAGAAGAGCGUAGUUGACACGUUGCGGGAAAGCGGUGUCGACCUGUACACGUUCGGACUGAGUAUGGAGGAAUGGGCGGUAGCCGCGGAGGCGGCGAUCGCUGGUGGGAGGGCCUGCUUACCGCCGUUCAUCGUGUCGGCGAAAGCACCGCAUGAGAGGGAUGAUGGGGAUGACGGCCCGGCCAUCGACGAGUUCAACAAUUUGCGGGAUGCCAUCUUUUUCACACAUGCAGAUGAUUUACGAGCGUGUACCGCGGACCGGUUCGUUAGGUGGCGGCAAGCGGGAUCGUCGGCUAAGAUAUAGAUUAGCCCUGAGAUACGUCGGCAAUCAUAAGCC